AUGGUCGCAUACGCCCAGAUGAAGGUCGCCGACCUCAAGGAGCUGCUCGCCAGCCGCGGCCUCGCGCAGACCGGCAUCAAGGCAGACCUGGUCGCGCGACUGCAGGAGGACGACACGGCCAAGGCUGGCAGCGCCGCCGCAAAGCCCGCCCCUGCCGAGCCCGCCGAAGACGAAAUCGACUGGGAUGACGACGAUGACCUUAAGAAGGACACCGCGCCUCCCGCCGCCGCAGCAGUAGCAGCGCCGGCUGCUGCCUCCGCUCCGGCCGCCGAGCCAGCCAAGCCCGCAGCCCAGCCCGCACCUGCAGCAGCCGCCGCCCCGGCUGACGCGCCCGCUCCCGCGGCCGCAAGCGCCGAGGCGACGACCACCACCAGCGAGACAAAGGAGGCCGUCCCCGAGGCCCCCAAGGAGCUGCUCUCCCAGCACCUCGCCGACACCGACGCCGACGAGGAGGCCAAGCGGCGCGCCGCCCGCGCCAAGCGCUUCGGUCUCGUCGUCGAGGAGACCAAGAAGGACGACGACAAGGCCGCCGGCGAGGCGGCGGCCGACCUGGACGAGGACGCCAAGAAGAAGGCCGCGCGCGCGGCGCGCUUCGGCGUCGACGCCGGCGCCAGCGCCGCUACUGCUACCAACGGCAGCAGCGGUCCCAACGUCAAGGGCCUGGACAGCGCGCUGCCCGACCGCAAGCCCUCGCGCAAGCGGGGCCGCGGCGGCGACGACAACGGUGGGCGGGAGCGGGACCAGAAGAGACAGUUUGGCGACCGGAACAACCACAACCGGCGUGACAACCGCGGCCGGCAGGGCCAGGGUCAGGGCCAGGGCCAGAAUCAGAGGAGGCAGGGCGGUGGUGGUGGCGGCCAGAACCAGCAGCAGCAGAAGAGGAACAUCCUUGAUGACCCCGAGGAGCGGAGGAAGGCCGAGGCCAGGGCUGCGAGGUUCAGGAGCUAG